AUGGAAUUUAAUGAUCAAGCAUUAAAAUUAUCGGAAAUAUUCAACGAAAUAAUCAAUAAAAAUCCACUAUUAUUCAAUAAUUUAACAGAUUUUUUUUCAAAUUUACAAUUAGAAAAGUAUAAAAAUGAACAUAAUUGUCCAAUAAUAAUUCUUCCAAAUAUUGACAAUCAAACAAAUAUUUUCGAAAAAUUAUCAUCAAUACCAUCAAUCGAACAUAUUUAUAUAUUAAAUUUAAAUGAAAAUAAAUUAAUUCAACAAAAUAAUUCUCGAAUUCUAUUGAACCAAUUUCCAAAAAUUCGAAAUAUUUCUAUUAAUAUAAAAGGGCUUGUACUCAAAUGGAUAGUUGAACAUUCAACAGAAUGCGAACAAAUCGCAGACAAUAAUCAACAAAAUGGCAAUUCAAAACAAGCACAUUUGUACUACAAAAAGUCUAUAAAACUUAAUGAAUAUCUAUCUGUUUUUAUGAGAAGAAAAUAA